AGAAUUCGAACAUUUCUGAACCCGCUGAUUGUAGAAAUCAAAAAUCGGUUAUCACCAGCGGCUACCACGAAAGCGACAUUGUAUAAGACCCCUUUCGAUAUAAUUCCAGUUUUUAGGCAUAUAUUGUCAAAAUACGAAUCAGAAAUUGAAGCGAACUAUCAAUCAACAGCAGUGAUAUAA